AUGAACACAAAGAAGCUCAUGAAGAUGGCCAAGAAAUGGCAACAGAGAGCAGCCCUAAGCAGGAAAAGAAUCUCAUUUCAAAUAUCGAAUACAUCUGCUAGCUCAUCCGCCUUAGAAAAAGGCUGUUUUGUGGUUUACACGGCGGAUAACACCCGUUUUGCUUUUCCGAUAAGUUAUCUAAGUAACUCUGUUUUCCAAGAGCUAUUGAAGAUAUCCGAGGAAGAGUUUGGCAUCCCAAGCUGCGGACCAAUCACGUUGCCAUUUGAUUCAGUUUUCCUAGAGUAUCUAAUCAAAUUGAUCGAAAGACGAAUGGAUGGAGAUAUGGAAAACGCUCUGUUAAUGUCAAUCUCUAGUGCUAGAUGUUCCCUACAUUGUUCUUUGCAACAACAAAGUACACAACAAUUGCUUGUAUUUUAG